AUGGGGAUAUCUUUGGAUCCACAGUCCUUGGUCAUGGCCCAACAGAGAAGCAGGAUAAACAAGUGUUCAAGACAUACAGAAUCCACAAAUCUAACAAGUUUCCCAAAAUUCCAUCUCCUGGGACUCUCAGAGUAUCCAGAACUGCAGCCCAUUCUCUAUGGACUUUUCCUCCUUAUGUACCUUGUCACAGUGCUUGGAAACCUGCUCAUCAUCCUGGUUGUCAGCUCUGACUCUCACCUCCACACACCCGUGCACUUUUUCCUCUCAAACCUGUCCUUUGCUGACAUCUGUUUCAUCUCCUCCACAGUCCCAAAGAUGCUUACAGAUAUCCAAUCUCACAGCAGAGUCAUCUCCUAUGUGGGCUGCCUGACUCGGAUGUCUCUUUUUCUCUUUUUUGUAUGUAUGGAUGAUAUGCUGCUGACUGUGAUGGCCUAUGACAGGUUUGUGGCUAUAUGUCACCCCCUGCAUUACCCAGUUAUUAUGAACUCCCACUUCUGUGUCUUCUUAGUUUUGGUGUCAUUUCUGUUUAGCCUUGUGAAGUCCCAGCUGCACAAUUUGAUUGUGUUACAAUUUCCCUUUUUUAAGGAUGUGGAAAUUGGUAAUUUCUUCUGUGACCCUUCUCAACUCCUAAAUCUUACCUGUUCUGACUCAUUCACAAAUUACUUAUUCAUGUAUUUUGUUGGUGCUGUAUUUGGUUUUCUCCCAAUCUCUGGGAUCCUUUUCUCUUACUAUAAAAUUAUUUCAUCUAUUCUUAGGAACACAUCAGCAGGUGGUAAAUACAAAGCCUUUUCCACCUGUGGGUCUCAGCUGUCAGUUGUUUGUUUAUUUUAUGGAUCAGCUUCUGGAGAGUACCUUGGUUCAGCUGUACCAUCUUCCCCUAGGAAGGCAGUAGUGGCCUCAGUGAUAUACACUGUGGUCACCCCUAUGCUAAAUCCCUUCAUCUACAGCCUAAGGAACAGGGACAUUCAAAGUGCCCUCUGGAGACUGCAUAGCAGUUCAAUAUAA